AAGGCGCUCGAGGCCUCGCGGGGCGAGGCCUCCUGAGGGGAAGGGGGGCCCGUCGGCCCGGGCCCGAGCCCUCCAUGGCGGAGGAGGAGGAGGAGCAGGAGGGGCAGCCCCUGUCCUCGUCCAUCCUUUUCCAGCCCCAGUACAUGUGCUCUGAAUGUGGCCUGCUCUUCGACGCCCUGGAGGCCGUGCUCCUGCAUCAGCAUCACCACCUGCCCGCCUCGACGCCUUCGACGCCCUCGACGCCUUCCGCCGGCCACUUCCAAUGCCUGGACUGCAGCCAACUCCUGCUGUCUCCCGCCGACCUCCUGGCCCACCAGGAUGCCCACUUCCCGGGGGGCGACACCGCCGCCGCCGCCGCCGCCCACCCCCCGGGCCCGGUCCACUACCAGUGCGGCGACUGCCAGGAGCUCUUCCCCUCCCCGGCCCUGUGGCUGGCGCACCGGGACGCCCGGCACCCGCUCGCCGCGGCGCCGCCGCCGCCGCCUGCCAUGGACCCCUAUGAGUGCCCUGAGUGCGCCCAGCUCUUCGCCACGCCCGAGGACUUCCUGGACCACCAGGGCGCCCACUUUGCCGCGCUGGAGAAGGAGGAGAGCGAUGGCCGGGAGGGAGAGGAGGAGGGAGAGGAAGAGCCCGAGGGGGACGACGGGCAGGAGGCGGGGGAACCCGAGGCCCCGAGCCGGGUCCACCGCUGUGCCGACUGCCGGCUCCCCUGGCCGUCGGCCGCCGCGCUGAGGCGGCACCGGAGGGCGGCCCAUGCCCCGGCGCCCGCCGCCUUCCGCUGCGCCCAGUGCCAGCGCGCUUUCAGCUCGGCCAACCGGCUCCAGGCCCACGGCCGCGCCCACGUGGGCGGGACCCACGAGUGCCCCACCUGCUCCAGGGUCUUCAAGAAGGCGGCGUCGCUGGAGCAGCACCUGCGGCUGCACCGGGGCGAGGCCCGCUACCUGUGCGUGGACUGCGGCCGCGGCUUCGGCACGGAGCUCACGCUGGUGGCCCACCGCCGCGUCCACACCGCCAACCCCCUCCACCGCUGCCCCUGCGGAAAGGCCUUCAGCAACAUGACCAAGUUCCUGUACCACCGGCGGACGCACGCGGGCAAGAGCGGCGUGCCUCCCGCCGCCGCCACCGCCGCCCCCCCGGAGCGGGCCCCGCCGCCGCCUCCCCCGCCCCCCGCGCUGCCGUGCCCACAGUGCCCCAAGGCCUUCUCCUCGCCCGCCCGGCUGGCGCGUCACCGGCGCGCGGUCCACGCCCCGCCGGAGCGGCGCCACCGCUGCGGCGUCUGCGGCAAGGGCUUCAAGAAGCUGGUGCACGUGCGCAACCACCUGCGGACGCACACGGGCGAGCGGCCCUUCCAGUGCGCCGACUGCGGCAAGACCUUCGCCUCCCUCGCCAACCUGAGCCGCCACCAGCUGACCCACACGGGCGCCCGCCCCUACCCCUGCCCGGACUGCGGCAAGCGCUUCACCCAGAGCUCCAACCUGCAGCAGCACCGGCUGCUCCACGGCCGGCCGGCCCGCUCGGGCGCCCCGCCCCCCUUCCCCUACGCGGGGCUGCGGCCCCACGGCUGCGGCGUCUGCGGGCGGCGGUUCGCGGCGGCCGCGGGGCUGCGGCUGCACCAGCGGGUCCACGGGCAGUCGUCCCACCUGCCGCCCGCCCCGCCCCGCCAGACCAUCAUGUGCAACGAGCUGGGUGAGACCAUCGCCAUCAUCGAGACGGCCCAGCCCCUGGCGCUGGCGGACACUCUGCAGCUCUGCCAGGCGGCUCUGGGGUCCGGCGGGCUGCUGCGGCUCGACGCCGCCUUCGUUUGAGGGGCGGGGGUGUCAUUAAAG